GAUGUUACAAGACCCACGCAUGGUAUCCCGAUUGUCCGAAGGGUGCUAAAUACAUUGUUAUUUACCGUGAACCACGUGCUGCUUUCAACAGCUUCUUUAAAUUCUUUGAGGGUUGGUGGUUCCAACCUGGAGAAGUUUCACUUCAUGAAUUUGUAAAAGACUUUUUGCUCGCUCGUGGAGUACCACAAAACAAGAUGGAAAAUGCAUCCUAUUUCGUCCACUUGGUUAGCUGGUGGGAACACAGGAAUGAUUCGAAUGUUUUGUUUGUGUUCUUUGAGGAUAUGAAAGAUGAUUUGGAAAGUGUAGUUAGGAAGACUGCAGCAUUCAUAGGAAUUCAGAAUGAAGAAAAGAUUGAGAAGGCUGUGGAAAUGAGCUCGUUUGAAUUUAUGAAGGAAAACCAGAAGAAGUUUUCAGACACACGCAUCGCACGUUAUCGGAAUGUAGCUUGCGGGGUAGCCCAUGAUGUUGUGCCCAGUAAGGUUGUCACAGGAUCUGCAACAAAAGGACGAGAGUUGAUGGACGAUAAAACUAAAGAAGUAAUUCAGGGAAAGUGGCUGGAAGUUGUUGCUAAACAAACCGGGUAUCAAGAUUAUAAUGAGUUAAGAAGUGCAUUCAAAAAGGAAAAGAUAAAUAAUAAUUAAGAAAUAUUUAAAAUUGUGGGUGAUGACGCAGGGGUACGUAAGGUGACAUAUCACGUAAAUUUUGUAGGUGCUAUUAUCUUAGUGAUAGGACUUGGCAUUAUUAAUAACUUUGUACUUGUUGGUGUUGGGUGUAAAAACUAUCCUAGAAACUUACAAGUUUGUGACUUUGUAAAAGUGUGGACUCCUACAACGUGUUUCCCACAAGCACACAGUUUGGCAAUAAUAAAUGAGAAUUGUAUACAG